AUUUAAAUUUUGAUUUUCUCCGCAGGAAAAACGUGUGGUGCGUUUUGAGAUUUUAAUCAGGUUUUUAUCUGAAUUGGCAAAAGCGAUAAGAUUUGAGGCCAAAUUUGUGCACGGCUCGGCUGGAUUCGCUCCCCACUUAUGCAGGAGAGAUGCGUGCAGCGCUGCAGCUAGAGCGAGACCUCAUUCCCAACUCGGGCUCGGCCGACAGCUGAUCUCGCAAAUUGUGCCGCUGCUGCAUUUUUACAUGUGAAAAUGAAAAGUGAAACGAUCGAGAGUGAAGAUAAGGCCGAUUCCGACAUGGACUACUGUCCAAUGGACAGCGACCACGAGUCACCGGUUGUCUACAAUUCUAGUCCCAAUCUGUCCAGGAUGAAGAAAAACGAGGAGGCGGCGUCGUCGCUCCGAGUCACGGCGGUCCAGAUUCUGGUCACCUUAGGCGCGUCUCUGUCAAUGUUAUCACCUGGCAUGGCUCUCGGAUUCUCAGCCGUCGCUCUUCCUCAGUUAACAGUCGAAGGAAUACCAAAUAAAAUUGAUCCAUUCAAUGAAAACAUAGCAUCGUGGUUUGCGAGCAUUUCCAACAUCGCGACGCCCGUGGGCUGUUUGUUGUCGGCGUGGACGCUGGAAAGGGUGGGCCGAAAGUUCACGUUGGUUCUGCUGAACGUGCCGUGCAUGGUCGGCUGGGUCUUCCUCGCCACCUCCAACACCCUGUGGGGCCUGUUCGUGGGCAGGAUUUGCACGGGGCUCGCGAUCGGCCUGGCCAGCGCCGUCACCAACGUCUACCUCGCCGAGGUGGUCAAGCCCGCGAUGAGGGGCUUCCUCAUUUGCUGGAACUCCAUCAGCAUAGCCCUAGGAAUACUCAUAGUCUAUAUUUUAGGAUCGGCACUUCCUUGGAGGUACGCAGCGUGGGCUGGCGCGGUCCCCGCACUUUUGGCGUUCGUCGCCGCAAUAAUCAUGCCCGACAGCCCGUCCUGGCUGCUGAGCCGCUCGAAAGCCUCGCAGGCCGAAAGGUCGCUGAUCGCCCUGAGAGGCGGCGGCGGAGCUGCCGUCAGGGCCGAGUUUGAGGAGCUUGUCAGGGCGCAGGAGCAAAGGGCCAAGGGACCCAAGGCGGGCUGGCGAAAUUUGUCCAGGUCCUUCCGCAAACCCGAGUUCUGGAAGCCGCUGCUCAUUUUGAACGUUUUCUUCGCCUUCCAACAAUUCUCAGGCAUUUACGUGGUCAUCUUUUACGCGGUGGACGUGGUGCAGGAGGCGGGCGUCACGAUGGACAAGUAUUUGGCGACGGUGUUCAUCGGGGUGGCCAGAUUGAUUGCCACCGGCGGAGUCAGCAUAGCCAUGAGGCGGUACGGCCGCAGACCCAUGGGCAUCAUUUCUGGCGUCGGAAUGACCUUCUGCAUGGUUCUGUUGGGCGCUCAUUUGUACUUCACAGAGGGGAUGACGCCGACGCCGCUGAGUUGGUGGCCAGCCGUGGCCGUCAUCGGCUACAUUUUCACUUCGACCAUCGGUUUCCUGACCCUGCCGUGGGUGAUGGUCGGCGAGGUGUUCCCUUCGGAGCUGCGGGGCGUGGGCGGCGGGCUGACCACGUGUUUCGCCUAUUUGAUCGGAUUCGCGGUGCUCAAGGCUUACCCCGGAAUGCAGCACAUGCUCAACGCCUACGGCGUCUUCCUAGUUUACGGAAUCGUCUCGUUUUUGGCCACGAUCUUCGUCAUAAUUUGGCUUCCGGAGACGCACGGAAAAACGCUGGCCCAGGUCGAGGAAUAUUUUGCCGGACCCGCCCGACGGCAAAACAACUCGCCGCCGGUCAUGGCCCUGUCCAAACCGCUGCUGGUGAUGAGUGCGCCGGUCAAAGACGCGGACAAAGACCAAAUCGCUUAACUUAUUAUUAUUUCUGCAGAAAUAUAUCACAAACAAUAUAUAUUUGCACCGUUUUAAGUGCAGUGAAUUUUCAGUUACUGUGGCGCAAAAAGUUGAAAUUAUUGAUUAUAUGCUCAUUGGUCUCUAUUGUUUCCUAUUUUGUAAUGUUCUUUCUUAGAUUUGACUGCCCAAAUUUGAAUGUACCUUGAAGAAAUUGUCUGCUGGUUGUUUUAUAAUCAAAAUGUGAAUAUUUUUUAGUCUAAUAUGUAUGAAAUAUUUUUCAGUAUACCAUUAAUAUAAUUAAAUGAUAAGUUAUAAUUUUAAAUAAAUAU